CGCACAAUAAUUGUUUAGUUCAUUACGAGACAUGCCCGAGAACGCAAUGAAGUACAUUAUUGUAUUGUUAUUUACGAUCGGAACGUGUUAUUGUGCUAUUGACUUCAAUGAGCGACCAAGAAACUUCAGUAUAGAACUACUCCACUACACUCAACUGCAGACCGACGGCCAUGUUGUCAUAUCGCCGUACGGAAUCUGGACUCUUAUGACCGGAGUCGCAUUGGGAGCAACCGGGAACAGCUACAACCAGCUAGCUAAUGCUUUUAUUCUGCCUAAAAACAGGGGUAAGCUCAUCAAAGGCUACAGAGAAUUAGCAUCGACCGUGCUCGACACAAAAACAAAUAGUGUUACACUGACCAGUAGAAAUUUCGUUUUUCUCGACAAUAAUUUCAACGUGUACCCUGAAUUUAAGCGGACUUUACAGAAUGAUUUUGAUGCGGCGGUGAAAGUACUCGACUUCCAAGAUCCUAACUCCGCUAGGAUAGCAAACACGUACAUAGAGAAAUCAGGCGGAAGAGUGUCCAAUGUUUUGCGCUCAGAUGACUUCAGCGAAGCGAGAAUGUUGUUGACCAACGUCAUAUCAUUCAAAGGACUUUGGCAAACCCCAUUCAACAAAUCGGAAACCGUUACUGAACCAUUCUACAAUGAGGAGAAAACGGUGAUCGGUUCCGUGAACAUGAUGUUCCAGAAAGGUCAAUUCCCAUACUCCAACAUAAGAGAAUUGGAGUCGUUUGUAUUAGAACUUCCUUAUGGAGACGAUGGUAAAUACUCAAUGAUAUUUAUUCUGCCACAUCCAAAUCGAAAAGUGAACGAUAUUUAUAAGAAUUUCUUAAAGGUUAGCCUUAAAGAUGUAUUUAGGAAACUGCAAUCGGAUAUUGACGAGUUUGGUUUUGAUGAGAUUGAUGUGAAAAUUCCUAGAUUCCAUAUUACUACAAAUGUGGUGCUUAAUAAGCCACUAAACGAUAUGGGAGUGUAUGAUAUUUUCCAGCCUAAUUUGGCCACAUUUCAAAGAGUGACCAGUGAAGAUAUAUUUGUAUCCGCUAUAGUACAUAAAGCUGAUAUUGAGGUUACGGAGACAGGGACAAUAGCGUCAGCAGUGUCGACUGCUUAUUUAGCAGAUAGGAUAUCCUCGCCAAGCUUCUACGCCAAUAGACCGUUUGUAUACUUUGUGAUUGAAAAAACAACAACUACUGUAAUAUUUGGCGGCAUAUAUUCUAAACCCACUGUAUACUAAGUAUCAAUAAAAAAUUCUAUUUAUUUUACAAUAAGAUUUGAAAAUUAUAUUAAGUUUUAUUCUUUAGUACACUGUCAAAUAUAAUUAUAAUCCUGUUUAGCUAAAGCAAAAACAGCAGGUAUGUGUACAUAUGUGAGUAUAAUUAUUAUGUAUCAAUUUGAUUUUGUGGCUCAUUAAUUAUAAUUAAUUCAAAAUUUCGUAAUACACAAAAUGAAAUUGAAAACAUGCAUGACACAUAUUUACUAUAGAUAUUACCACGAAUAUGAUUUUACUGUAUAAAAUUUUCAAUAUUUGCUGUAAUAAUAAAAAAUGUUAUACGUUAUAUUGUUAUACAAAUUUUCAUAUAUCACAUUUUCAUAUACAAAUAUAUCAUUUUUUAGAGGAACAAUUUUAUGUGAUAGAAUUUUCUAGACAGAAGUAUAAUUUUAACUGGAAAAUAUGUACAUGUAAUAGUUUCCAUGUAUUUUUUUCUGCUAACCGUAAUACUCAUGAUUAUGUUAUCACUCGACAUAAGACUGAAGUUACAUGACUGUAAACAAAAUAUGUAUGUAAUAAUUGUUUUUUCUUGAGGAAAUAUUAAUAAGAGUAUGAAAUAUGUAUUUUUCGUUCAAUUGUUAUGUGAUGAAUAGAUUUAUUUUAUACUUUUUCAUAGAUAAAAUACAAAACAACUUUAUAACUAAUGACUUUUGUAUUUUUAUUUUUCUUUGAUGACGUAGAUAAAGAUAUCUAUUAUGAAAGCAUUGCCCAAAAUUCUUACAAUGAAUACAAUCAAACGAAUAUAUUACUAAAAAAUAAUAUGAGGAAGUAUAAUAUGUAUAAAAAUGUAGGUAUAUUCCGAGCGUGAAAACCACAAUUAUCAUUUUCUUAGAUUAUUCAUGACGAAUACGAUGUAUGUUGUUUCAUAAACUAAUUGACACAA